UACCGGAGAGUCAUCAGUUUGUUUCUGUUGGAGACGUUUGUUUUCUUCACCUUGUGUCCGUGUGGGCGGAGGAAGACACGGAUCUCACUGGAACAUAACGGACUUCUCUCUUCAACAUGGAGACGACAGCAGGUUGCAGUCAGCAGCAGCUGUGACGCCUCCUCAGCCAGAUGUUGGUGCGUGGAAUGUAAUGAAGCCCUGUGCGACAUCUGUGUGUCGGCUCAUCGCAGAGUGACGGUCACCAGAUCUCACCAGAUCCUCAACCAACCGCCAGCAGGACACGUCUCAACUCCUCCCACCAAGUUCUGCAGACACCACCCGUCUGAGCCGCUCAAACUGUUCUGCUUCACCUGUCUCCAGCUCACCUGCAGAGACUGUCAGCUCACGGCUCACAUGAACCACAGGUAUCAGUUUGUCAGUGAAGCGCUGGACAGCAUGAGGAAGCAGCUGGAUGUCUUAGUUCAGCCAAUCAGAGCACAGGGAGACACAGUGAGGCGGAAUCUGCUGGACAUGAAGACCAGGCUGAAGGACAUCGCUGACAGUAAUUUUCUUCUGAUGACUGAGCUGCAGCGUUCGUACAACCUUAUAACUCAACAUCUGAAGAGGAGGAUGGAAGACAUUUUGUCAGAAGUCAAGAAGGUGUCUGAGUCGGAGCGCGAGCUGAUUGUCAGGAGGAUGAGAAAGAUGAAGCAGCUGCAGCAGGAUCAACAGUCAGUGACUGAAAUUGCAGAAAAAGCCAGAAACACCAACGACCUGUCGGCCCUGCAGACCUUCACAGAUCAGAUUCAGUCUUACCUGAAGAAUCCUCCUGAUCAGGACUCGUCUCCUCCUGUGACAAUGUCUCUUCUGUCAGUCAUCACCGACUCUGUGUCUUUGGAGGCCAUUUUGAACUUUGGUAAACUUGACAUAAAAUGGGUCCCCUUUGCCGUCACUCAGACGUCCAAUCUAAACACUCCAGCAGCCGCCGCCGCCUCCUCCUCCUCGUCCUCCUCCUCCUCGUCCUCCUCCUCCUCCUCCUCGUCCUCCUCCUCCUCCUCCUCCACCCUCCCCCAAAGCAGGACUGCUCAAGAAUCAUCUGUCUCAUCUGUCCCAUUUAACUGUCCCUCUGCUUCGUCAAAGUCCUCAUCCAAUCAGUUGAGUCCUCCUCCCUCCUCCAGCCUGAGCAUCAUCCAGUCCAGUGCUCCUGUGACUAAGAUCACUGCACCCACCUUUACUCCAGAUGUCCAGCAUCCUUUCUCAUUGUCUCACCUGAAGAAGAACCAAACAAAAAUGUCAGUGCCUGUUUCUACUUUAGGGAACCUGGAGCCUGUGGGCUACCUUGUCCCCCACUCAGCAGGUCCGUCUCCAGGCACCAAACUCCAACUUUUGAACCAACCGACCGCCCCCGGUCAGAACCAGUCCGCCUCCAUCAUGCUGAACUACACUCAGGCUCUGUACCAGGUGUCCUGCUUCACCCUCCCGUCUGUUGUGCCUCAGUUUUACACGAUGCGCAGUCUGACCUCAGCCACAAACACCCAGGAUAAACAGCAGAAGGGACCAUUCAGCUCCGUCUCAGUCAAUCAUCAGGUACUUCCUUCAGCCACCACAGGAAACAAGAACUCUUCCCAACCAGGUGUCACGGUGCUGCCAAGCCACGACCCAAAAUCAAUGCAUCAACCUCUGACAGAUAUAAACUGUCCUACAGCCAGCAGCCCUGCGUCCUCCAGCCAGCCUCUCACCCCUGCUACUGACUGUUUCACCAAGGACAAACGACCUGUGCCAGAACCUCCAGGAUGUUUACACCCCUUUACCCCCCUUGAUAUCAGCCCUCAUUCUUCUACUCUGAAACACCAGCAGCAGAGUCCUGUAGUGAGGGCGGUGGCAGACUCCGCCUGUGACCGCAGCGUACAGCAGGUCGCAGUGAGGCGGCAGGAACCUGCAGAGAACGAACCAACGUCCACAGUGUCUGGGGAUCCUGCGCCUGCAAGGGAACCAUCUGCACCUGUAGUGUCGGAUAUAGAAUCUGCUCCUGAAGUAACAGACAGAAAGGCUGAACCUGAACCUCAAGUACUGGAGACCAGCGCUGAACUUGAACCUGAAGUAUCAGACGGAGAAGCUGAACCUGAACCUCAAGUACUGGAGACCAGCGCUGAACUUGUACCUGAAGUAUCAGACGGAGAAGCUCAACCUGAACCUGCAGUACUAGAGACCUAUUUUGAACCUGGACCUGAAGUAUCAGACGGAGAAGCUGAGCUUGAACCUGAACCUGAAGUAUCAGACGGAGAAGCUGAGCUUGAACCUGAACCUGAAGUAUCAGACGGAGAAGCUGAGCUUGAACCUGAACCUGAAGUACUAGAGACCAAAGCUGAACCUGGACCUGAAGUAUCAGACGGAGAAGCUGAAGAAGGGAGCUCAGUGAUUGGAUACCUGAACUGCGGUCUUAGCCAAUGGCAGCCCAGAGUGUCUCUGUACAGGCUGCCUGUAUCUUUGCCCCGCCCCGGACACCCCCUCCCUGGUUUUCGUCUGGUCCUCGGAGAUGCUGAAGACGAGAUUUUCCUGGAAGAGAUGAGCGAUGACAGUCAGUCUGACGAUGAUGACAUCAUUGAGAUACUGCCAUCAUCACCAGAGUCACCUGUGAUGCUGAUGAUGGUCACGUGCUCCGCCUGUCGAUCAACCAACGGUUCAAUAGUCUGCACAGCCUGCGGUCGAGGAUAUCACCGAGACUGUCACAUUCCACCUGUCGGACCUCACAUACGGUCAGAGUGGAUCUGCUCUCUGUGUCAGGACCUGUCAGACCCCUCGGACCCCUUCAGCUGUGACAGACCUCCGAGACUUCAGAGUUACGGUCUCAGUCUGCUGGACCAGAGGAGGUGUGAGAGUCUGCUGCUGCAGCUGAUGGUCGAAGGCAGCGCUCAAUUUUCUCAGUCUCAGGUGAUGUUGGUGUCGAAGCGUCUGACAAGUGGUUCUCCUUCAUAUCAAACACCUGCAGAGUUCCUCUCAGACAUCUGGAGUCUGUUCAAAGACACAUCACAGGACGACGACGUUCUGAACAAACUGCAGGACCGUCUGCAGCGGCAGUGGUUGACAAGUUUAAAGCUUCUUCCUUCAGUCAGCAGCAACACUGAUGGAGUCAGAGGUGCGUUCAGCUCCAACAUGUCCGACACACGAGAGGUCACCGGGGGGGGAAAGGGGUCAAAGGUCACAACUGAGAAGAAGGAAGUGAUCAGCAGCGAGUCCAAACUGAGGGAGACGAGGAAGAGGCUGAGAGAGUUUCUGGAUCUGAUGGAAACAUCCCGAACCAAGAGGACGAAGGCGGACGACCGCUCCUGAGAGUGAACUAUGACAUCACGACCUAACAAUGUUGAAACCGUUUCCUCUUCCUGUCACAUGAUGCUGCAGAGUUUCAAUUACGUACUUUUUUGUUUGUUUGUUUGUUUGUUUGUUUUGGUCUGUGUCAGGCCCCCACGAAAGCAGCUCCGCUUUGUAGACAUUUUCUUCUCAGCGGCUGCUUGUGAAAAAUCUCCUGUAGCUCAAAACUCAUUUCCCCACAGACCGCCGUUUGAAAGAGACGUCUGUAAAACAGUCGACACCUUGAAGUGCCGACAAGGUCAAACUGUGACUCUUAAUGUUCUGAAUUUUUGAGCCAGGGUGGUUUUAAUUUUGUAAAAGUUUACUGGAGCUGAGAAAAGUGAUUAAAAUAUCUGUGACAUCAUCACAAUGUAAGGUCAAUGAGCUGAGCUGGAAUUGGUGGGCGGGGCCAGUGGGAGAAACACUACUGUGCCUCUUUAGUGGGUCACAUACCUCUGAAGUUAUUAUCAUACGUCUGUGGUCUGUUUUUUGUAUUUAACUUUAUUUAUACUCAGUGUUUUAUAAUAAACAGCAUUUUUUUCAAUGA